CGAAUAUAUUAGUUGUUUGAAAGCGCAAAUUACCAACAGAAACACUCAUGUGCUCAUAGAUACAGAAAAAAUUUAUCGGCACAACAUUACGUGUUUAUCGCCAAAACAUACUUUUAUCGUGCGAUUUCUGUGUACGCAUUUUGACAGCUCUCGCUUUAGUCGAAAGCAAAUAGCAAAAAUUGAACUAAAAUUAUAAAAAAUUGAAUAGAAAAGAAAAUUGGAGCAUGAUGUCUGAAAACAAUGAUACAUCAAACGAAUCUAACAGUUUGGGAAGUGAUUCUAUAUUUCAGUCUUCACGUUUAGCUGCUAGUAGUGGAAAUCCAGUAUUACGUUUAGGAGUUUUAAGACCUUCUGUUCUGGGGCCUAGCGUUUUAGGGUCCUCUGCAAAUAAUGAAAAAACGCCAACAGAAGGAAAUGUAUUUAAUUCAAAAGAUGAUGUUAAUACUACAAGUAAUCCUUUCAUGAAAGAUCAAGAUGAAGAUGAUGAUGAUGGCGCAGUUGGAGGUACGUCGAAAAAAGAUGGUUGUGGUGAGGAAGAGAAGAAGUCUGACGACGAUGAUGAAGAACCAGAUGAACGACCAGAUCCUUUGAAAAUGUUACGUAAAAAUGGAUUGGAAAGAGCUAAUCUCUUUGCAGCUGCAAAAAAUUCAAUACCACGUGUAGAAAAAUCAGGAUUUGUCUUUGGAGAAAAUGUACAUGAACGUGUGUUAAGUGAUAAUUUGAAUUCAGAUAAACCGGAAUCUAGCAGCAAACCGAAUGAGUUGCUGUUUUCCAGCGUUAUAGAAAAUGCAAAUAAAACAAAUGAUGCAGAGGGAAAUAAAGAAGCUGAAGCAAAAAGUUUGACUGAAGUAGCACGCGAAUAUGAAGAGAGCCGUGCACAGAAGCGUAAAUAUGAAGAAGUUGAAACGUUUACGGGUGAAGAAAACGAAUCUAAUAUAGUUGACAUAAACUGUAAACUUUUUGCUUUUGAAAACAGUAACUGGGAAGAGCGUGGACGUGGUAGUUUACGUUUAAAUGAUUCUAAAAGUGAACAUGAAUGUUCACGUGUAGUAUUUCGUACAGCGGGUAACUUACGUUUACUACUUAACACAAAGGUUUGGGCUGGUAUGGUAUCAGAAAGACCAAGUCAAAAAUCCUUGCGUCUCACUGCAAUGGAUAAUACCGGAAAAAUUAAAGUUUUUCUAGUAAUGGCUAGACCAUUAGAUAUAAGCCAACUGCAUCAAACAUUACAGUUGCGUAUAAAUGCAAGGAAAAUUUCGCAUCCGGAAGAAACAAGUCCUCCACUUGCAGAAAGCAAUGGUAAUUGCUUAAAAAAUGGUAAUGGAAAUGAAACAGAAGUCGAUAAAGCUGCUGCAAUUGAGGUACCAGAAAAUGAUGAUUUAGCUGAACCUAGCCCUAAGAAAACAGUGGCCCCCGAAACGGUUAAUUAAUACGCGGCCUAUUUGUUUUAAUAGUUAAGAGUAAAUAUAUAAAUUUUUUUUUAAUGUAGUAAUUUUAAAAUUAAUGUUUAAUGUUUUAAAUUGUAAUUUUGUUUUGAAAUUAAAAUAUAAUUUUUUGAAUUU